UUGUGGUCCAUGUCGUCAGGGGGAGGCGGUGUUAUCUCGACCUUGGAGUUAGUCGUGCAGCAUGGCGAACAAGGAACCGAGUCGUUUGAUCCAUCUCCUGAGGGAUCUGGCAAGCCGGAUGUCUUCUGGUGGCAGAGGAGCAGGAUUAGGCCUGAAGCUGAUGCUUGGAGCCGGUGCUUUGGCGUAUGGCGUCAAAGAAGCCACAUACACGGUGGAAGGAGGUCACAGAGCCAUCAUCUUCAACAGGAUUGGAGGGAUGCAGAUGGACACUGUUCUGGCUGAGGGGCUUCAUUUCAGGAUCCCUUGGUUCCAGUAUCCUAUCAUCUAUGAUAUCAGAGCUAAACCCAGGAAGAUCUCCUCUCUGACUGGCAGCAAAGAUCUUCAGAUGGUGAACAUAGGCGUGCGAGUGUUGUCCCGGCCCAUGGCAUCAGACCUGCCUGUCAUGUACCAGCAGCUGGGGAAAGACUAUGACGAGCGAGUGCUGCCGUCGAUCGUCAACGAAGUCCUCAAGUCUGUGGUGGCAAAGUUUAACGCGUCACAGCUCAUCACACAGAGAGCACAGGUUUCUCUGCUGGUUCGCAGGGAGUUGUUUGAACGAGCCAAAGACUUUCACAUUAUUCUGGACGACGUCUCAAUCACUGAGCUGAGCUUCAGCAACCAGUACACUGCAGCUGUGGAGGCCAAGCAAGUUGCCCAGCAGGAGGCGCAGAGAGCCCAGUUCUGGGUGGAGAAGGCCAAACAGGAUCAGAGACAGAAGAUCAUCCAGGCUGAGGGAGAGGCUGAAGCUGCCAAAAUGUUGGGUCAAGCUGUGACGAAGAACCCUGGUUACCUGAAGCUGAGGAGAAUCAGAGCAGCACAGAACAUUGCUAAGACGGUGGCAGCGUCUCAGAACAGGGUCUACCUUAAUGCUGACAGUUUGGUCCUGAACCUGCAAGACCAGUCACCUUAUGACAAUUUCUCUCUGGCUAAGAAGAUAUGAAGAGGACGUGAAGAGGAUAAAGCAGAGGUUCCUCUGUGGACACCUUUAUCUGAACAGUCUGACACACAGAACAAUUCGGAAAGUGGACAUCAUCUGUUAAUUUCUAUCUCGUUCUCUAUGAUUCUUUUUUUAACCUCUCUCAGACUUUUGGGAGUGGCCUGUAAAGAACCAACACUCGUCUGAUCUCAUUUCGGCUUCAAAGAGUACAAAUCAGACUAAAGAAAAGAGACAUUUGUUUGACGUCCCUGAUCAUCUGUAAACUGUGAGGCCAAGCUCAUCCCGUCAUAAUCAGUACACCAUGAAUGAAUGAAUGAAUGCAACAAAAACGAAGAAAAAUGUAAACCAAAUGUCUUCUGUGUCCAACAUGUCAUGUGUCAAACGAUGGUCGUGUUCAUCUCCUGGUCUUUGGUCUCUGCUCAACACGUCGUUGUCCGCCAGAAGGUCUGGUCAGGACGUCGCAUGGUGCAACUGUAAAUCUGAUCCAGCAGAGCGAGUUAAUGCUAAUUUAUCUGUUAAUAAACAUUUCUUUUAGGUGUG